UACUCGUAGGGCCUACACCAUCAAGUAGUACACAACUGGUGGAAGGUCGCAAUCAGUAAAGGUCCCAACUGGACUGUUUUUUAGCGAUAGCAAAACCAACUUUAGUUUUGUAUGCAUGUUGCAAAGAUUAACUCUAGUUCAUAGUCGAACUAGCACAACACUGAGGGACAUUACUUGUACCACAGAAAGGAUUUAUUUUCGGGGGUACUGUUGGCUUUCUCAAAAACUUGUCAACAACGGUUCUCUACAUGUUUACAUCACCAACGUACGGCAUGACUUUUGAAAGCUUUCACUAAGUCACAAAGCUACACAGUGCAACAACGUGAAAUUGAAUUUACAAGUAACUGUCUUCAACUGUAUUUGAGUCUGAUAUUUUCCCGUUAAACUCCGUUGAACAUGAAGCGAUGGCAACAAAUGCUGCUAGCCUGGUUUCUCUUCAUAGCAUACCUAAUGGUAGGUGCUUUCGUCUUCCGAGCCAUUGAACUACCGGGCGAACAACUCGCAGUGCAAGAGUUCACCAAAUCUAUGGACGAAUUUUUAGCCUUGCAUCCGGGCGUCUCGAAGGAGGAAUUUUUCAGAUACAGUUUGGCGGUUGUGAAGGCAGUCGACAGAGGUGUUAUUGACUUGAAUAGUUAUCAGAUUGGUGGCCAGGGAGAGGGGGAGCGAAAAAACACUUGGGAUUUGCCGAAUGCAUUCUUCUUUUCUGCAACUGUAGUGACAACCAUUGGUUACGGUGAUCUCACGCCCUACUCGGAUACGGGCCGUAUUUGUUGCAUGAUCUACGGGGCGAUCGGCUUACCUCUCACUGGAUGGGUUCUAGGAGUUCUCGCUCGGUCACUGACAGCGUACUGGACCAAGGCCUUGGACCGGGCCAACAAACUCUUGAAAUGCUGCAUCAAAUUCGCCCGUCUCCGUAAGGCUCUCAUGUUCGUCAUAACCACAACACUCCUGUACAUGGUACUGCUUCAAGUACCAGCGAUAUUACUCGGCACCAUAGAGCAAUGGGACUUGUUAACUUCGGUGUAUUAUUGUUUUGUCACGCUGACUACAAUAGGAUUUGGUGACGUAGUGCCUGGCACACACACGGAGUAUGCGGAGUUAGGCCGAUGGGUUCUGAGGGUGUGCAUUGUACUGUAUGUGAUCUUUGGGUUGAGUUUGCUUCUCGCACUUAGCACUGCUAUCGCCACACGCGCCCAUAAGACGGUGAAGAAGACCAUGAUGAAAGAGAACAGCUACUACCUCGAUGAUACCGCGAGCUCGAAGAAAAGGCGGGAACGUUCAAGGAGCAUGGUGGAGAAUGAGAUUGCUCUGCAGAAUGUGCACGGUCUGUCGUCUGCUCGGACGGAUGUCCCCCUCACAGAACCGAGUGAUAACCAGCUUCCACACCUGGCUAAAAAUAUGGACGAGGAACUAGCGAAAGUUGCGGCACAGGAGUGGGCAGAUACACUUAGCAGCCAAACUGAGACAGGUUCCCCACCGUGUUACGAUGCAAUCGUAGACUCGUCCAUGUCUGCCCAUCAGAACGGCAGGCUAAGUUCAACUGUGGCGGAAAUGUUCACUCGUACCUCAAGCAGAGAGCGUGAAACAAGAGGAGAAAGGAAUGACAACGCCUCUAUUAUUACAUUGACGGAUUGCGAGUGUGCUAACGGCAAUCCAGUCGCUGUCGAAAUGCACUGAAUGAGAACACGGCUAUACGGCUAAGGUUACGGCUAGGCCUAUUCGUCAUCUUCACCAAGAUGGUGUUCUGUUUCAUGCAGAUAAUAUCUUGAACUUUGAUCAAAGCUCCCAUAUCCAAGGCCGGUCUUUUAAGGGACACGUUGCCAUGGAUCGGGCGAGUAUAGGUAUAUGAAAAUCGUUUGUACUCUGUUAUGUGGUACCUUUUGUAACACAAAACACAAUGUCCACAGAUUUACAUUAAACUUGCACCGUUUAAAUAGAAAGCGUACC